AUGAAAUCUCUAUUGCUGUCGCUGCUGGCGGUCCCGGCCACCGCCCAGCUACUGCUCGACCUCCAGGGCCACGAUACCACCGACCCCCGGCACCAGUCACAAAACCACCUGACCAAGCGAAAAACCGUGGAGCAGGACCUGGUCCAGAAGUUUGCCUACUACGAGGCCACCGUGUCUGUGGGCACGCCCGGCCAGCAAAUCAAGCUGCUGCUCGACACCGGCUCGUCCGACAUGUGGGUGCUAGGACAGAACGUCAACUGCGGAGGAGGAGGAAUCUUCAGCCAGGGCAUUGACUGCACCCAGAGCGGCGUUUUCGACACGAGCAAAUCGUCCACAUACCACAAAAACGAGUCCAUCCCCUUCGACAUCAAGUACAGCGAUGGCUCCGAGUCCAAGGGUUUCUACGGAACCGACAACCUCGGACUAGGUGGAACCACCCUCAACGACUUCACUUUUGCCGUUGCCGACUCGGCGUCCGACGGACAGGCCGUGCUGGGAAUCGGCCCCAUUGAGAACGAGCAGUCUCUGUACACCGACAACCCCGUAGCCUACGCCAACUUGCCACUGGCGCUGAUGAUGGAUGGCGUUACCAAGUCGUCGGCCUUCUCCCUCUGGCUCAACGACAAGGACGCCCUCAAGGGCUCGAUUCUGUUUGGAGGCUACGACCGGGCCAAGGUGGACGGCGACCUCUUCACCGUGCCCAUCGUCAACCUCAACCCCGGAGGACAGGGCCGGUCCCGAGAGUACAACGUGGGUCUGGACAGCAUCACCGUGGGCGGCAAGUCCGUCGGCUCCUCCACUCCCGCUCUGCUCGACUCGGGAACCACCCUGUGCAACCUGCCCCAGGAAAUGGUCGACGCCAUUCUCGCCCAGUUCUCCGGCGUGUCCAACUCCCUGCGAGCCGGCUACUACACAAAGUGCUCCAACGUGCCCCAGGGCUCCAUUGACUUUGUCUUCUCUGGCAACAAGCUGACCGUCGAGCUGGCCGACCUCAUGAAGCCUCUUGAGAACCCCGACGGCUCUAAAAUCACCACCGACGGCGAGCAGGCCUGCGGCAUUCUCGUCACCUCCAACACCGACUCGCAUUCCAUUUCCGACUCGGUCGUCCUCGGUGCCUCGUUCCUGCGGUCUGCCUACGUAGUCUACGACCGUGACGCUCAGAAGAUUAUGAUGGGCAAGGCUAAGUACGGAGUGUCCAGCAGCGACAUUGUCGAGCUUAAGGACGGCUCCAGCGAGGGAGUUGCCUCUGCCGAGUCCUCUGCUGAGUCCGCGGCUGCCACUGCCUCGUCUUCUGCUGGUGCUUCUUCUGGUGCUUCUUCUUCUGGUGCUUCUUCUGCUGGUGCUUCUUCUGAUUCUUCUGCGUCUGCUUCUGCUUCUGCGUCUGCUUCUGCUUCUGCGUCUGCGUCUGCAACUGCCACUUCCGAGGGCGACUCUGGCCAAGGAGUUUCCACCAUGGCUGUUGUUGUGCGACCCAGUGACACCCGACUGUCCGCUUACAUCACCAACAUUGUCGUCACCCCCUCAGCCACCCCUGCCCUCUCCACCGUGUCUGUGGUUGUGCGACCCAGUGAUACCCGAUUGUCCGCCUACAUCACCGAGAUUGUCGUCACCCCCACGGCCGUUCCCUUCUCCACCGUGGUUUCAACCACCGCCAUCGAGUCCACCGAGAUUGUCACCGUCACCUCCUGCUCCGACGGCAAGUGCGAGCACGCCAAGUCCACUGUCUACAAGAUUGUGGACGCAACCGUAACCCAGACCAUCUGGUCUUGCGAAGGUGACGAGUCCGCAACCUGGGCUCCUGCCCCCACUCCCGAGCCCCAGAACACCCAGGUGCAGAACACCCCCGCCUACCAGGCUCCCUCUGCUCCCCCGGUCUUCCUGCCCGUCUGGGGAACACAGUCCGACGGAGAGACCGUCACCCACACCGAAACAGCCUUCUUCAACCCCCAGACUUACACUGGUCCUCCUGCUCAGCCUACUGGCGCCAGCGGCGGCAACGGUGGUAACAAUGGCGGUAACAACGGCGGAAACAAUGGCGGUAACAACGGCGGCAACGGAGGAAACGACAACAAUGGCGGUUCUUCUUCUCACUCGUCUGGUAUCACCCAGGCUAACGGCGCCUCCUCCAUUUCUCCCAUGAUCUCUCUGGUCGUGCUGCUUUUGUCUUUCCUCAUCUGGGCCUAA